AAGAAUUUGCGCAUGCUCAUUAACAUCAACGGUAAGGACGUCAAGUCGAUUAUCGAGUGCUGUUUUAUAGUCGAGUAUCGAGCAAGGCGACUCCCUUCUGAUUCCACCCAUUACAAUGGCGGAUAAACAAAACGCUCAGAAAAGCGUCAAGAUUGCAGCAGGAGCUGUGGUGUGUGUUGAAAGUGAAAUUAAGGGGGAUGUCACUAUAGGCCCAAGGACAGUGGUCCACCCAAAAGCACGAAUUAUUGCAGAAGCAGGACCCAUUGUAAUUGGAGAAGGCAACCUGAUCGAGGAACAAGCUGUCAUUAUUAACAGUUACCCAGAAAACAUCACACCAGAUGUUGAAGUGGAACCAAAGACUAUGACCAUUGGUAUCAACAAUGUAUUUGAAGUUGGCUGCUUGUCACAAGCCCUUAAAAUUGGAGACAACAAUGUAAUAGAAUCAAAAGCUGAUGUAGGUAGGAACGUCAUCCUAACUAGUGGCUGCAUCAUCGGGGCCUUCUGCCAGGUGAACACCUGUGAGGUCAUACCCGAGAACACGGUCAUUUAUGGUUCUGGAUGUAUGAGGCGGGUGCAGACUGAGAGACCACAGCCUCAAACACUUCAGCUCGAUUUCUUAAUGAAGAUUUUGCCCAACUACCAUCACUUGAAGAAAACCAUAAAAGUCAGCCAUAGUUAAGCUAUCAUAAUUCAAGUUGGAAUUGUGAAUAGCAAAAUACGAAGUAGCUCAAGAUAAAAUAAGUCAAUGUAAAAAAUAUCAACUUUAUUUGCAUCAGUACUUUUUCCUUACUGGUAUUUUAUACUAACCUCAACGCCUUUAUGCUACUGCGCUAACUAAUAUGAUCUGAUAAAUUAAAUAUGCUCAAUUUUGCACUCAUGUUUUGUAUUACAUUAGAGUAGUUUUCAUUAUGGCUACCAGAUCUUUGCUUUUGUUGGUAAUUGUCCUCUACUCACCAUUAGCAUGGAAGGUUUGCUAAUGUAGUAUCACCUUGCAUAUUUAUUCUACAAAAAUAAAAAUGCAAAAUUACAAGAAAUUUAGAAAAUAUUAGAAAGACAUGUCUAAGGAGUUUGUUUGACAAUAUUUUUAUUAAAAGCAGGAUGUAACGGCCCUGCAAAGUAAAACACCUGAAAUAUCAACUGAUGACAUCUCUGUGACGUGCAACACAAUCUUUCCCCUGCACUUCUAAUGAAAAGAGUGGGUGACUUAUCAGAAGACAAAUUGAACUUUAAGAAGCCUUUCCGAAAAUAUCUUCUUCCGUAUACUGUACACACUUUUGUGUUUAAGUGUCAUUAAGAAAAAAAACUAUUUACACACA